AUGGAAGAAGCAAAAGUAGAAUAUAAAAUAGAACCGGAAAAAAAAGAAGCUGUUAUAGAUGCUUCGAAUUGGCCAUUAUUACUAAAAAAUUAUGAUAAACUAAAUAUUCGUUCAUCUCAUUUUACGCCUCUUCCAAUGGGUAAUUCACCAUACUCAAGAAAUUUAGAAGAAUAUUUAAAAUAUGGGAUAAUUAAUUUAGAUAAGCCAAGUAACCCGUCUUCACAUGAAGUCGUUUCAUGGAUAAGAAAAAUUUUAAAAUGUGAAAAAACAGGACAUAGUGGAACACUAGAUCCAAAAGUAACAGGGGUACUACUAGUUUGUUUAAAUAGGGCAACUAGACUUGUAAAAUCUCAACAAGAAUCUGGAAAAGAAUAUGUUUGUGUAUGCAAAUUUCAUUCGAAACCUAAUAGUGUAGAAGAAGUAAAGUUAGUAUUAAAUAAUUUUCAAGGAGCUAUAUUCCAAAGGCCACCAUUAAUAUGUGCAGUUAAAAGACAGUUAAGAGUUAGAACAAUCUAUGAUUCGAAAUUACUAGAUUAUGAUGAUAUAAAUAAUAUAUGUGUAUUUUGGGUAAAAUGUCAAGCAGGAACGUAUAUAAGAACUUUAUGUGAACAUAUAGGUUUGUUAUUAGGAGUAGGAGCACAUAUGCAAGAAUUAAGAAGAGUAAAAUCUGGUAACAUGACUGAGUAUGACAAUAUGUGUACAUUACAUGAUAUUUUGGAUGCACAAUAUAUAUAUGAUACAACAGGUGAUGAAAGCUACUUAAGAAAAAUUAUAACACCUUUAGAAAAAUUACUUAUUAAUUUCCCGCGUAUAGUUAUAAAAGAUAGUGCAGUUAAUGCAAUUUGUUAUGGUGCAAAGUUAACCAUUCCAGGUGUUUUAAGAUUUGAUACUAAUAUAGAUAUAAACUCCGAAAUUGUUCUAAUGACAACAAAAGGUGAAGCAGUUGCACUAGCUAUUGCACAAAUGACUUCGACAGUCAUUGCAACUGUUGAUCAUGGUAUUGUUUCUUUAACAAAAAGAGUUAUAAUGGAUAGGGAUACAUAUGAUGUUAAAUGGGGAUUUGGUUCUAGGUCUAUGGAAAAAAAAAAAUUAAUUCUUUCAGGUCUGUUAGACAAGUAUGGAAAACCAAAUGAAAAAACUCCCUUAAGUUGGAUAAAAAGUGAAGGUUAUGCUCCUAAAAUUGUUGGGGACACCACAAUUUAUACUCUGAAUAAUGAUAAUAGUGAUAAAAUGGAAGAAAAUAAAAAAAGUACCACGAUAAUUCAACAAAAUGCUUUGGAUAAUGGUAACUUAAAUUUUAAUGAGAGAGAGAAACAAAAACGGGAGAAUAAACUUCUAGAAGCAAAUAAUAACAUUGAACACUCUGACACAGGUGUAGUGAAAAAGAAACGAAAAAAAAAGUAG